ACAAAACAAUCAAUUUAUAUUAGUCAUAAUUUUGCACAGAAUCUAGCAGCAGGCAGAGCAAGUUCUUUGUUUAAUUGAGAAUUAUUAUGAAAUAUAAAAUUAAAAUUAGUUAUUAUGGGGCCUUCUCAAAGUAAAGAAAAGAAUUUUAGCAAAGAUGGAACAAAGAAAAGGACUGUCUCGGAGACAGUGGUACAAAAUAAUACUGCAAAUAGUUACAAUGUCAGUAUGAGGAGAACAAUCCAGAUCACGGGAACGUCCCAUUCUAGUCAACAACGUCGUACUAUUACAACUAGUUCCAGUAGUGGAUCAAUAACUUCAAGAUGGCCUCCACCUUCAACUAAUAUUGAAAGUACUAGACUCGGUUCCAUCUCGGACCUUACACUCAAACCAAUACCGUACAAAGGCCAGAGUGUCAAUUUGCCAAGAAUGACGCCAAAUUAUAAAAGUCCAUUUCCUAGACACAAUAGCGAAAGACUGCCCACAAAAACUACCAACAAUAACGUGGUAUCCAAAAAGUUCAUUCUUCCUAGUAGCCAAAAAGUUGAAACUGACGCCAGACCUUUUCAAAAUGGUAGUACCAUUUCAAGUGUGCCCCGAAUACAGCCAACCACAGUGCCAGUGCCAACCAAUAAUACUAGGCCCAUCACAUUGAGUGACAUACCAAAGUAUGAUACUAAUGGGCCGAGAAGAGGAACUGUUGUGAUAUUUAACAACAUUAAAUUUUUGGACAUAAAAGACGAAAGAAAGGGAGCAGAAUUAGAUGAAAAGAAUCUGAAGACACUAUUUCGGGAUAUGGGCUUCGAUGUCUACGUUCAUCAAAAUCAAAAACUGAAUGAAAUGAAAAGUAAACUUAACAGCUACAGACAAAGUAGAGAUGUCGGCAGAGGUGACAUAUUAAUUGUAAUAGUAAUGAGUCACGGGAACAAUGCGAGGGGCAGUGAAGAAAUACCAGGAGGGUUUACAAAAAUUCAGACCUCCGAUGACAAAUAUCUGAAUGUUGACGAAGUUCUAUCGGAGUUUACCAACGAUAGGUGUGCGCCGAUGAAAGGAAAGCCGAAAAUUUUUAUCUUCCAAUGUUGCAGGGGACAUAGAGAAGAAUUGCAAAUUGAUGCGGUUCCUUUUACCAACAUUGUAAAAAAACACGCAGACAUGCUGAUUGCGUUUUCUACUGUACCAGGCUUUUCUUCCAUAAGAGCGCCACAAGAAGGAUCGUGGUAUAUCCAAAGUAUCUGUGAUGUAUUUAAGCAGCAUGGUAAGCAACACCACGUAGAAGAUCUGUUGAAGCUUGUAGAUCAAGAACUGUCUAGAAAGCAUCACACCUUUAAACAGACCUCCACUUAUGAAAAUAGAGGCUUCAAGCAAUGUUACCUAAACCCCCGCAAUAUAUAGAUGAAUGUUCAAAGGUGCCUUUAUAGUUAAUAAUAAUGUUCCAAACGUGGUGAACAUAAACUAAUUUGUGCUAGUUCGAAGUUACGAUUUCUGACGGUUGACAGAGUCUAAUAUGUACUUUACUAGAAGUGUUUACAUAGUAAACACUUCGGAAACAAACGAAAAAUAAAAAGAAGACGUUGCCCUUGGGGAGUGCCGACAGAAGUGAAUACUGAUACAAAUAUGAGUUAUUACUAUAUGUAGGUUAAUAAAACUUUAUGUCUGCUUAUUA